AUGGUGCACGUCGACCACACUGCCACAGGCGCUGCCACCCCGCGGCUCGAUGCCAACGCCGAGCGCCGCAUGAAAGAACGACAAAAGAUGCAUCGGUAUCGCCAACGCCUCGCCGCCAAGGCGCUGUACCUCAGGGACUUGACGAGGAAGCUGGAAACCGAGAUCCGAGAGCACUUGCUCCAGCGCCAGGCAUCUCAGACCCACAUGGCGGAAUGCUCUGCGGAAGAGUGCGACCAGUGGUGGGUCAUGCACGUUCGACCCAUCCCCGUAACAACUCUUCUCCACCCUCUUCAUGCACUGCUGGAGCUCACGCCAACGACGGCGGUGUCUCCAACCUGUUCCGCCAAGCGCCUGCUGCAACGCUGGGUGCCCACCCCGCGUCGCGGCGACUCGCGCCUUCGACACUGGAUCACGCGAUACCUCCACCACCACUGCGACAGCUCGUUUCAGCGCAUGGGGUUUCCACCGUCCGACGCCGUGUCUGAAUUUUCUCUCGACAUGACGGAUCCCGACUGCUGCAUGUACGUGUGGCGGAGCCACCGGGACUUUCCCGCAUCACUCAAGCUCCACUUGCGGGGAUGGACCAUCGAGGCCAACGUGGCCAUCAGCCACGACGACGAGGCACGAUGCUCCGCGACUUGCACGGAAUGGGGGCCCAACAACCCGAACGUCCACGACGACGCUGUGUUUCCGACCGCGCGGUUCCAGCGGAAUCGAAUGAUUUGGAUUGCCUUGGCAGGCGUGGCCGAACUCGCGUCCGAGCAAGGUGCAUCCAUUCGCACGGGUUUACCAAGGAAAGGUUUCCCACGACCCGUCACCAACUAG